UCCAAGGGAUUUUUAUGAGAAGUGUUCAGAGGGAAAAGAUUUUGUAACAAGAAAGUUUUGUUAAUGCCACGGAGCACAGUUUCUCUGUCAUUCUAACAGGUUUUCUUUUCUUUCCCUUCUCAAAUUGGAAGCAUCCUCUUGUGGAGGUGAUUUUUGGAUUUCCUUGAGAAGAAAAUUCCUCAUUCCCAAAGAUGGCUCAGGAGAUCCCUUCCAGUCAGGCUGGUCCUGUGAGUGGAAGGUAUUUUGCAGAUCUAGGAGAUCCUUUGGCGCUUUUGAAUCAUAAAGAGAACAUGGGGCCAAGAGACCCAGCAGGGGAAGGAAAAGAGUCCCAUAUUGUCCUGGUUGGGACUCAUGGGAAAGUCUGGGAACAAAUCAAGCAGAACAUCCAGGAAGAAGAAGCCGGCUGGGUUGCACAACAUCGCCACUUUCGUGAGUUCUGCUACCAAGCAGCUGAAGGGCCCCGAGAGGUCUGCAGUCGCCUCCACCACCUUUACCAUCAGUGGCUGAAGCCAGAAAGACACACGAAAGCCCAGAUACUGGACCUGGUGGUCCUGGAGCAGUUCCUGGCCAUCAUACCCCCAGAGAUGGAGAGCUGGGUCCGGGAGUGUGGAGCAGAGACCAGCUCCCAGGCGGUGGCCCUGGCCGAGGGCUUCCUCCUGAGCCAGGCAGAGGAGAAGAGGCUAGAAGAGCUGCAGGUUCAGGAGCCCUUCAUGGAGAUGGCUGCCGAACCCUCUGAAGCAUGGGGAGAUACGCCACAUGAUGCUCAGAACCUGGUCUUCCGAGGCAUCUCCCAGGAGGAUACAUCACCAGAGCGUGGAAUGACACUGAUGGAAACAUCUCUUCUUUGUGGGGGCGCAGAAACCAUGACUGUGCUUCCAGCUCAGAGUCCCACGUCCUUCGAAGAGGUGGCCGUCCAUUUCACGAAGGAGGAGUGGGCUCUUCUGAAUUCCAGCCAAAGAGCUCUGCAUGGGGAGGUCAUGACGGAGACUUCUAGGACCAUGGCUUCUCUCGGAGCUGAGCGAGGGAUAGAGAAUUAUAAGGAGCCACCUCUGGCACCACGGCAGACCAUCAAGAAUGAAGUGGCUGAAGAGACAUUUUGCAGUCAAUGGAGACCAACGAGGGAUGAUGGAAACCAUCUUAAGUAUGGAGAGGGGAAAGACUCCACUUCUCAUGUUGAAAUCCAGGAUUUCCAAAUCCAACCAGAUCCUAAAGGAGAGAGAACCAAAAAGUGUCUAGGGUGUGGGGAAAUAGUCAUGGAUAAAUCAGAUUCAUGUAAACAUUGUGGGGCCCAGAGUAAAACAGAACAAUAUGAAGGCAAAGGGUCCAGAAAACAUUACGAUCAGCCCAGCCUCGUGACUGUAACUUUCCACCUAGGGGAGAAACCAUAUCAGUGUAUGGAGUGCGGAAAGAGCUUCCGUCAGAACUGUCGUCUCAAUUACCACAAACGGAUCCACACAGGAGAGAAACCAUGUAAAUGCACAGAGUGCGGAAAGAGCUUUAGCAAGAGCAGUAAUCUUAAUUCCCAUAAAAGUAUCCACACCGGGGAGAAACCGUACAAAUGCAGGGACUGUGGGAAGAACUUCAGGCUGAGUACUGAUCUUACCCGACAUCAAAGAAUUCACAUGGAGGAGAAACCCUAUAAAUGCAGUGAAUGUGGGAAAAGUUUCACUGUGAGCAGUUCCCUGACUUCCCAUAAAAGGAUCCACACAGGGGAGAAACCUUUUAAAUGCCUGGAGUGUGGAAAGAGCUUCAGUAGAAAUUGUUCCCUGACUUCCCAUAAAAUGACCCACAUAGAGGAGAAAACAUUAAUGUAAGAAGUAUGGAAAGAGCUUCAUCAUUCUAGUAACCCUUAAAAGCAUCCAUUCAAGGGAAAAUACAUCAGAAGUACACCAUGUUCUCCUAGCUGUUUUUUUAGCCUUUUUAUGGGUCACCAGGGCCAUGCUCCAAAAUGUGGUAAGCUGUGAGAAAGUUGAUGUCAUUUCCUUUAUUGUGAAUUAAAAAGGUGAAAUGCAAUUAUUCCUGUUAGGUAUUGAACAAUUCCCCUCGCCUGUCAUGUGAAAAAUUGUACUUUGGUGCA